AGAGAGCGUUCGUUUCGAACUUCUCAAAAACCGCGCGCCCUCUCUCUCUCUCUCUCUUACGGAAAGCGGAAGGGAGUGGCGUUUUCGUAGUUGUGUGGAAGAGCCGGCGCAGAAAUUGCGCGCCUAGGGCUAAAAGGGUAAUUGAGUCUCCGCAAAGCAACCGCCAUGGUGGCUUUUCCCGGCGGGCUUCCCUGAAGUCGGAGAGCGAGAUGGCGUUGGCUUCGUGAAAGGGGGGGUCGGAAAAUGGGAGGGAGGGAGGAGGAGGAAGGAGCGAGGAAGGGACGAGAGAGAGCGGCGGAUUCCCUCACCGUCAGGCGCUGCCCUGCCGCGGAUUGCGAAUCCCGCUUCUUCCGCGUCCUUGUUCUUCCGUUCGGGAGUUGGGGGCGGCUUUUUCUCGUUUCCUGAAACGCCCUUCGUGAGCGCGUGAUUUGACUUCCUGCUGCAUGGACGGCAACGAGAAGGAAGCCAAGGUGGAAGAAGCGGCGGCCGCUGCUUCGUCUCCGGCUUCCUUCCGGUCGUGAAUGCCAGGAGACGUGCCCGAGCUUCCGACUUUUUUUCUUUGCUUUUCUGCUUGUUCGCCUGUUGUUUUGCUGAGCUGGGGUAGUGUCCGGAAGAUUCCGGUGGAAUUCUGUUGCUUCCGGCUGUCGGUUUUGGUUAUUCGGAAUGCGUGUUGUGAAUUCCGUUUGAUUUAUCGUGACUUUUUGGAGAUUUUUGUUGGGAUUUUUGGAUGGGAGGGAGGAUGCGCGAUCUGGAUUGGGGUUCCUGUGGGGGAGAAUGCCCGAUUAGGUUUCCUUGAUUAUGGGCUGCGGUCCAUCGAAGACACACGAGACGAAGCUGGUGACUCUGUGCAGGGAGCGGAGGGAUCUGAUUCGUUCCGCAGUCAACUGCCGGUACGCGCUCGCCAACGCGCAUUCCGCCUACAUUGGCUCCCUGAAGACCGUCGGUUACUCGCUCCACCGGUUCGUCAGUGAGGGCUUUGUCCCCGUCGCGCUUCCGUCUCCGGUCCUCACACUUCCCGAGGACUCGAAGAAGGGAUCCUCGAGCAAGAACGACUCGUCGUCGACGUCAAUCUCGCACUCGGUUUCGCAGCGGUCACUCUCGGGGUCUCACCUGCGUUUCGGUUCGGAGGAGUCGGUCUCACCUUUGCAUAGUCCCCGGGGCGUCAGUGGCCCGAGCUCACCGGCGCGCGAGUCAUCGGCUUUGAGCUCGCCGUCGAUGUUGACCCACACUAAGUCGAUGGGAAUUCCGACGAUGGUAUUCGGGGAACGGAUGCCUUGGUGGCCCCCGGAGGCAAUGGCUUGGGGGGAGCCUGACUGGCGGUUCGCGGAGCCGGGAGUUGGGCCGUCGACGCGACCGCCUCCGCCGCCUCCUUCACCUCCGAAGCCUGGCUUUGCUUGGGAUGAUUUCUUCAACCCGUUUGGGCCAGUUGAAGAAGUGUACAGUUACUACGGGAAGCGUAAUUCGAGCAUUAGCAGCCCUGAUUCAGCAGAGAUCCGGCUGAAGGAGGGGAUCCCGGACUUGGAAGACGAAUCGCAGAUUGAUGAUGGAAAUGAAGCAAAGAAAGGACAAAAGUCGGGAGUGGAUGGAAGUAAGGGUCUGAGCGGUGAUAAUGCAUCCUCCAGUGGGCACAUAAUGAUCGAUGAAGAUGACGAAGACGAUGACGACGACAGUGAUGAUCAUAUUCAUAGUGUGUCACCGGAAAAGAGUAAUAAAGGCCCAUCAUCGGAAGCGAGCGGCUCGAGAAGCACCACCUUGUCCGCACAUCAUAAAAAGGGAGUGAGCUUUGGUGGGGAGGUCACUUCAGCAGAGGACGCCGAAUCCACCUCAAAGACAGAUGAUUUGGUGGCCGUAGUAACUCAAGGAACGAGAGACAUAUCAGAUGUUGUUAAAGAAAUUAAUGGAGACUUUGGAAGGGCUUCUGAAUCAUGUUUAGAGAUUUCGAAAACGCUUGAGGUGGGAAAGCUUCCUUAUCGUCCAAGAACUACGUUGAUCAAAGCCAAGAUGCCAUUGUUCUCCUCUAGUACUGCUUCAAGAAUGCAGCCAUCCACCAGUGAAGACCCAAGUGGGGACUUGGAAAUAAAGGUUGAUGGGCUUUCGACAAUUCUAGAAAAGAUAUACACAUGGGAAAGCAAACUAUUUGUGGAAGUUAAGGAAGAAGAGAAGAUCAGACUGGGUUAUGAAAAGAAAUUCAAGCGACUGAAGGACUUGAACAGGAAAGGUGCAGAACCUGAAAAACUUCAAGCUACUCAAUCAUCAAUAAAGAAGGAACUCACAAAGAUUAACAUUACUAUUAGAUCCAUUGAUGCCAUGUCAAAUAAGGUUCACAAGUUAAGGGAUAAUCAGUUGCAAUCUGAACUUACUAAACUCAUUCAAGGGAUGAUAAGAAUGUGGAAAGUCAUGUUAGCAUGUCACCAGAAGCAGCUCCAAGCUAUUUCGGAGGGUAAAAUUCUGGAUGUGAUAUCGAGGUUUAGCUCAAGCGACUGUGCAAUGGGUGCAACAAUGCAACUAGAACGUGGGGCUUCAAGUUGGUGUUCCAGUCUUGUCAACUGGAUGAAUGCUCAGAGGGCAUAUGUUAAAACCUUGAAUGAUUGGUUAAGAAAAUGCAUAGAUGAAAAACCUGAAGUGACAGCAGAUGGAGUUGCCCCUUUUUCACCAGGCAGAGUAGGUGCGCCACCAGUAUUUGUGAUUUGCAAUGAUUGGUAUCAAUUGAUGAAAGACGUUUCUGAGAGCCAUGUGAUAGAAGCUGUCAAUGCCUUCGUUGCAAACAUACAUAAACUUUGGGAGCAGCUUGAUGAGGAGAAGCGAAAAAGUCGGGAGAUCCAGUACCUCUCAAAGGACCUAGACAAAAGAGCAAGGUUAUUGCAGGAGGAAAGUAGGAUUCCUAAUGCCCAAGGUCUGCCAGAAAAGUUGACCAUUUCAUUUACAAAAGAGGAUGAAACUUCCUUGCAGUAUAGAAGGACGGAACUUGAUGCAAUGAAAAAAAGGUUGGAGGAAGAGGAACUCAAGCAUGCAGAGCUGGUCCGGCAAGUUCAAUCUGGUGCUUUUACUAUUUUAAAAAUUGGCUUGGUGAAGAUUUUUGAAGCAAUGGUCAAUUUCGCUUCUUCAGUCAUCAAGGGCUAUGAGCAGAUCAGAAUCCCAACUAGCGGUGAUGCUUAGCUAUUGAUGGUUAUCGCUGUGGUGUUUUAAAAAUUACCUUGGUGAAGAUCUUUGAAGCAAUGGUCAAUUUCGCUUCUUCGGUCAUCAAGGAGCAGAUCAGAAGCGGUGAUGUGUAGCCGUAGAUGGUUAUCACUGUAGCAUGGCCUCUGUUGAGCAGGUUGAUGGUGCCAGUUUUUGGGGAGCAAGGUUGUUGGAGGAUGGCUGGCCCUUUCAGGUUGAUUCAGUGCACAUAUUCAACAUUAGGAUAAACCCUGUGUACAGCAGUAUAGCUAUUCAUUCAUUAACCAGAACUGUUUUGACACAUGUAAGUUCAGCUUUAAUCAUUGUCGUAGUGUCCUGAAGGCAUGUAUAGCUUAUGUUCUUUCCGUUUAUUUGUACUCGUCAUUAGUUUUACGACUUUCCUCUGCAUGUGUUUGAUAGAAGAGAGGGAAGAUAAAAAUGCUGGCAGUUGAUAUUUCUUUGUAUUAAGCGAACAUUCUUUUGAAGGUCCUUCAUAAAUUUUGCUCA